UGCAUUUUUAUAAAAUUUUCAGGAUUACAAUUACUUUUAGAUUUUUCAAAAAUGUUCGUAAUCCCAAAAGUCCACGUUUAAAAAAAUGUUUUGGAAUUUUGUAUUUUUCAUUUUUGUCAAAAAUAGUUUGGAGUUUCAUAAAUUAUACGCUUAGUGAGGUGGGUUGUACCGAAGCAGGACUCUUCAUUUUUGGAAUAGAGGGAGUAAAAGAAACCGAUGGCCACAUGUUCUCUUUGAUCUUUUAAUCCACCUCCGUGUUGUAUCUAAUUUCUACUGUAAACCCUAGCAAGUGAGGAGAGAGAGGAGCAAAGUCCUAGAUAAUUCAAAAAAGUUGGAGGCGAGAGACGAAUAAACAAAUCGUGAAGGGAGGGAGACAUCAAGCUGGGAAGGAGUGCAGCCCUCUUUCAAUUAUUUAACUGGACUUGAGGAAUCUUUUUUGUUUGCGCUUUCUCCGGUGCAUCGGGGUUAGUUUUUUGCAACAUCGGAGAUGCUCCAAGAUCCCACCCACUGUAACCCCCUUCUCAAGAUGCUCAGUUGUCGCUGCACAAAGCAUUAGCUACACACACUCACACAAAGAGAGAAAGAGAGAGAACCCACACACACAGUGUACAUCCUACUAGCUAGAGAAGAAGGAAGGUUGGUGAGAUGUUGGUUGGUGGCAGGGUGCCGGUGGCCCUCCUGGCCAAGCUGACCAAGAUGCUCACCGACGAAUACAAGCUGCACAAGAGGGCCAAGGAGGGGAUCCAGUACAUCCGGGAUGAGCUGCAGAGCAUGCACGCUGCCCUUGAGAAGGUGUCGGAGGUGCCGCCUGAUUUGCUUGACAAACAGGUUCAGAUCUGGGCUAGCAAGGUGAGGAAGAUGUCAUACAACAUCGAGGACACCAUCGAUUCCUUCAUGGUAGUCGUUGAUGCUGCUGCUGGCGAGUCUAGAUCUGGAUCCUCCACCACGUGGUGCUGUGUAAGUGCCAAAUCCCUGCUGCCACGGACGUAUAAGGCUCGGGGCGACAUCGCCGUCGAGAUCGAGCGCAUCAAAAAGGAGGUUGAGGAGGUGAGCAAGCGUCGUGAGAGGUAUAGCGUUAACAGUAUUGCGUCCCCAGCUCCGUCAGACCCCCGCUUGCUGGCACUGUACGAAGACGAAGCAAAGCUUGUUGGCAUUGACCGCUCGAGGGAAGAGAUCAUCAAGUUGCUAUCCAUGGAAGGUGAAGGUGAAGGUGCAUCGGAGCAGAAGGUCAGGUUGGUCUCCAUAGUUGGCCCCCCCGGAAUGGGCAAAACCACCCUGGCCAAUGCGGUGUAUCAAAAGCUCGAAGAGCAAUACGAUUGCACGGCCUUUGUUUCAGUUUCUCUUCAUCCUGAUGUGAAGAAUAUCCUCAGCAGCAUACUUCGACAAGUCACCAGCAAAAUCAUAGACGACCCGGACGACAAGGAUAAGGAUAAGAGACUGCAUCACAAAGAAAGGCCAAAACAUUAUGGAAACACUGCGACGUGGUCUGAAAAGGAGGUCAUCGACAAAAUCAGACAUGCUCUUGAGAAAAGGAGGUACUUGAUUCUCAUUGAUGAUAUAUGGGAUGAACAACCAUGGAAAGUUAUCAAGUGUGUUCUGGUCGAAAACAACCUUGGCAGUAAAGUUAUCAUGACGACUCGCAAUGUUGAUGUUGCUAGGUCAUGUUGCUCUUCUGACAAAGUUGAUGGUAUCGUUCACGUACUGGAACGUCUUUCAGACAGUGACUCUGAACAACUAUUCUAUUACAAAAUAUUCGGUGAAGAUGGAUGCCCUACAGAUUUAAAGGUUAUAUCACAGGAAAUAUUAGAGAAGUGCGAAGGGUGGCCAUUAGGUAUCAUUGCCAUAGCUAGUUUACUUGCAAACAAACCAGCACAAACUAAGGAUCAGUGGUGUAGUGUAUACAACUCAAUUAGUACUGGGCUGGAAAAUAAUCAUGGUGUGAAGGACAUGCGGCUGAUAUUAUCUCUUAGCUACCGUGAUAUGCCUGUACGGCUAAGAGCUUGUCUUUUGUACCUAAGCAUCUUUCAGGAGGACCAAAUAAUUGGGAGAGAUGACUUGAUACGGAGAUGGGUAGCCGAAGAUAUUGUUCAGGGAAGACAAGAUGAGAAUCUGUAUGAACUAGGAGACAAGUACUUUAACGAGCUUAUUAAUAGGAGUAUGAUCCAGUCAACUGAUGUUGAUGCCUUUGGGAGGGCGCAAGCCUGUAGGGUGCAUGAUUUGGUACUUGAAUAUAUUACUUUCUUGUCAGCUGAAGAAGACUUUGUCACGAUAUUGAAUGGACAGCAGCCUUUUCCACCUCAGCCAAACAGCAUACAUCGGCUAUCCCUCCGAAACAGCAAGGGAGAGCACGGCAUACCUCAUGGUACCAAGAGGUUGCCUCAUGUCAGAACACUAGUUGUAUCCUCACGUGCAAUUGAUUCGAUGCCAUCCCUCUCCAUUUUUUCAGUCCUACGUGUCUUGGAUGUAGAACACUGCACUAGUCCUAACAUUAAGUGUGUGGGAAAUUUGGUUCACUUGAGGUAUCUGAGGCUAAGUCAGGAAUUCCGCUAUCACUCUGAUGUUUGCAUUAAGCUUCCAGAAGAAAUUGGGAAUCUACAGUUUUUGCAGACACUAGACCUAAAGGAAGCCAGGAUAAAAGAAUUGCCAUCCACUGUGGUGCAGCUCAGACAAGUGAGGGUGCUAGAGAUUUCACUCCGUGAAUUGGACAGGAGAUCUGAGAAGCGUUUGCUCCAGUGGUUAUGCAAUCUGAAGCAACUCGAAGCUCUUUAUAUCUUCGCUCAAGAUUAUUCCCUGGAUUUCAUGUUGCAAGUGGACUGUGCCCCUUCGCAGCUCCGAAGAUUUGCCGCAUGUGCUCGUCAGAAUGAAGAAAAUUCAUCCCCCAGUACAUUUGUAUACUGGAUGACGUUUACCCCAUUCACCACUCUACCAGAGUGGAUUAAUUCGUCGCUUUCACACCUCUCCAACCUAUCCAUUGCGGUGAAGAUACUGCGCCAGGUGGAUCUUGGGUGUCUUGGUGGCUUGCCUGCCCUUCGUUCUCUUUAUUUGCAAGUGAUAGAAGUUCCAACAAAGGAAAGGUUGGAGAUCACAGAGAGUACUGGUCAUGAGAUAGCAUUCUGUUGUCUUGUAAACCUCAAGGUCAUGAGUCGUGCAAUGGGCCUGGCUUUCAGACCAGGAGCCAUGAAGGGGUUGCAGAGGCUUUUUCUUACUCUUUCUGUUGCGGAGACAAAGGAUGAACAUGGUGAUUUCAACUUGGGCUUGGAGAAUCUUACCUCCCUUCAAGCUUUGGACAUUGAGCUAGACUGUCGCUGUGCAACAACUUCAGAGGUGCAGGCAGCAGAGGAUGCAAUGAGAAUGAGGGAUGCAGCCGACUUGACUGCGAGCCAUCCUACCUGUCUCGUGAGGAGAUAUUUUGUAGGAGAGAUGCGAUGUGAUCAAGAGGAACAGAUCCCUGAGCUGGAAACAAUGACAAUAGAAGAUGCUGGACUUGCAAGGAUUGGGCCAUGUGGUGAAGGAGGAGGGAGGGCCUUUGACAUCAAGGUGGCCCCCCAGCGUCUAGAAAGUGUGACAAUUCACAGUGGCUAUGUGAUAGAAUCGCUUACAUUUUCAUACACAGACUAUGAUGGGAGGCAUCACACGGCUGGUCCAUGGGGCUGGGAUGGUGGCAUGAACAAUACAAUCCCUCUUGACCCUUCAGAGUUUCUCAAGGAAGUCUCUGGAACGGUGGGUUCUUACGGUGCAUUGACCAAUGUUAUAACGUCCCUGACGUUGGUCACGAGCGUUCGCACCUAUGGACCUUUUGGACAAGAGAAUGGGAUUCCGUUUAGCAUGGCAGCAGCGAGCAAUAGCAGCAUUGUUGGCUUCUUUGGGCGUGCAGGGUGCUAUGUUGACGCCAUCGGUGUCUACAUUCGCCCACUGUCGACCAUAAUCCAUUGAAAGCCAGGAAACGGAAGAUACUACUACUGGCGACCGGCGAUGCAUGAGGUUCCAAUGUUCUACAGGCAAGGAAACGUUCUCUGGAGAUGGCUUCACUGUUGAACUUGUAAUCCUGUCACCACGUACGUAGUUUAGCUGUAGUUUUCUUCCGUUAACAAAUAACGGCCGCAACCGUGAGCUUGUUCACGAGCUGGCCGACCUCUUUCCGGUGUUUCUGUUAGGAUUAGCACGAGGACAUGCGUUCAUGGCGGCGAAGUAGGAGGAGUUGAACGAGUGACCAUGGGAUGGCACGGUCAUGCAGCUCCAGGAUGCCUCAAGUUUAAGCAUUUUCUGUAACAACAUUACAAAUAACAGAAGAAAAAGAAGAAAAGCUGCAACAGUACGCAGCGCAAAACCCUCGUGUGCUUGUGUUCUUCAGUGUCAAGGCGUUCACGUGAACUGAACUUUAGGAUUCGGCCACAACAUUCACUAGCAGGUUUCUAUGGCAGUCUACCAGGCCUGUUUCCUGCUUGGCCUUGUGUUAUAAACUCUGUUUGCAUUAUGAUUUUCAAGUGACGUUAAUUUGCCAAGGGAUCGAAGCAUUCCACAUUGAUGAA